AUGAUUGACUCCGAGCAAAGGGUAUUAGGUAUGCGAUGGAGACCUCAGGAGGAUAUAUUCACCUUUGAUGUCAACAUCAACAUAGAAACACUCACUAAAAGAAAGAUAUUGGGAGUAAUAGCAAGAGUAUUUGACCCCAUUGGGUUCAUCACACCGGUAACCAUAAGUGCAAAGAUCAAGAUGCAAGAACUAUGGGAAAGUGGAAUUGAUUGGGAUGACCCAUUACCAAAGAAGGUAGAGCAGGAGUGGAAAGAUCUAUUCAAGGAGUUUAAAGGGAUCGAUCAAGUAGCAUUUCCCAUAUGUCUUACUCCAUCUAAGGCAUCCACUGAAGUUGUAUUAGUAAUAUUUAGUGAUGCAAGUGAGAAAGCGUUUGGAGCCUGUGCUUAUGCUAGGUGGAGAUUAGAAAGCGGAUCAUUUGAAUCAAGACUGAUAACAGCCAAAUCACGUGUAGCCCCAUUGAAGAAAUUAACGGUCCCGCGAUUAGAGCUACAGGCGGCAGUUAUGGGAGCGAGACUAGCAGAUGCAGUAGUUAAAGAGUCUACUUUCAAAUUCAGUAAGCAGAUUUUAAUGACAGACAGCAUGAUCGUGCUGGGGUGGAUAAGACGACUAGCUCAAUGCUUUAAACAAUUUGUUGCAGCUCGAGUUUCUGAGAUUCAGCGCAAGACGAAGAUAGCAAAUUGGAGACAUGUUCCAGGAAUAUUAAAUCCUGCCGACGACUUGUCCAGAGGAAUGAGAGCGGACAAAUUAACUGAUAGGUGGAUAAAUGGACCUGAAUUUAUAAGUAAGCCGAUAAGUGAGUGGCCUCAAGAGAAGUCAGAUAAUGACACAGAGGAUACAGAAGAAAGAAGGAUGGCAUUUAACGGGAAUGUUGUUGUGAACCGGGGAGAAGUUGAUAUUGUGGAAUGCAAGACUUGGGAAGAAAUGUUAGAACUCUAUCGACAAAGAAUAUACGGCAAACAGUCAGAAGCUUUGAAUGCAGAGAAGGUAAGAGAAAUUGAACUCUUACUGUUAAAGAGAGUGCAGAAAGACUGUUUUGCAGAAGAGUAUAAGGUACUAAAGAAUGGGGGUAAAAGUGUAGCAAAGAGCAGCAAACUGGUAAAUCUCGACCCACAAUUCGAUAUGGAAUCAGAGCUCAUCCAAGUAGGAGGUCGAUUAAAGAGAAAUGAUCAUCUGGAGAUGGAGGUGCACCCAGUUGUACUGGACCCGAGUCAUCAGAUUACACAGUUGCUCAUAAAGAGAAUAGACAGUAAUGUUUUUAACCAUGGUGCAGGAGUGGAGCAAGUAUUCAGUUAUAUAAGACAACGUUACUGGAUAUUGAAAGGGCGUAGUAAAAUCAAGUCGAUACUCAGGACAUGUGUUAGUUGUCAGAUGUGGAGAAAAUGUCCAGCUGUACCAAAAAUGGCAGACAUUCCAGAGGCAAGAACAAGAAUCGGGUUGCCUCCAUUUUACUCCACUGGAAUGGACUGCUGGGGCCCUAUGAUGAUUAAAGUUCGCAGAUCCAGAGAGAAAAGAUGGGGGGUCAUCUUUAAAUGUAUGACAACUAAGGCUGUCCAUCUUGAAGUUAUAAGUAGUAUGAACAGCGAUGGGUUUCUGAUGGCAUUUAGAAG